AUGAUACACAUAGGGGCGUGUGAAAAAACACAAAGGGGUGAUAAACGAGUUCCGAAUAUUGCCACUCUGUGCGAUCUACGUCCUCUCGAGGAGCAGUUGUUCGCAGCUAAUCUGGACAUCACUGUGAAGUCUCUUUUCCCGGGUGAAAAACUUGCCGAGGAUCUGGGGGUGAACAAAACCCUCAUUGCAAGUGCCCCUACUCCAACCAAUCUGAGGGGAGACUUCAUUUACGUUCGGGAUGCCACAUUCAGAAUGGAAGGUCUAAGCAGUGAAGAAUACAAAGAGGAAAUCCGAGACAAUUUGGAAAACAGCCGUAAGUACAGACUGGACAAUCACCAGGAUCUCAUGUACAGAGUUCUAGGAGUGUUUCCUAUUCAGAUAAGUGUCUUUAAUUCAGAAAAUAUGGUUGUCCCAACUGCCAUGGAAGAAAAGACAGAAGCUUAG